GUAAAUUGAAAUUAUAAUUUUUUAGUGCUAGAUAAUAAUGGCGGAGCAUUCAGUUAUCAAAAUGCCGUUAAUAUGUAUCGAUGCAAGUAAAAACAGUAUGGCAGCAUUUGAAUGGUUUUUAGAAAAUGCUUUCAAAGAAGGAGAUACAAUUGGUCUUGUACACGUUCAUGUUCCACCAGAUCUUCCUUCUCUAGGACUUUUUGGUAGGUUUGGUGGUGGAUUGGGUGCUAUGGAGCUGUACAAAGAAUCUUUACAAGAAAGCAUCGAUGCAAGUAAAGCAACAAUUGCAAAGUAUAAAGACAUUUGCAAAAACAAAGAGAUAAAGUUUAAAGCGUUUGUGGAGUCAGUGGACGAUUCUAUUGGUCACACUAUAUGUAAAAUUGCUAAGGAGAAUAACAUGGCUUUUAUUGUUAUUGGGCAGCGUGGUCUGGGUACCUUUAGACGCACGUUUUUUGGUAGUGUUAGUGAAUAUGUUCUUCAUCAUUCGCAUCACCCUGUUAUUGUUGUGCCGCUAGAAAAUCGGGAGGAAAAGCAAUAAACCAAAAUUUUAAUUCUUUUUCUGUUAUAAUACCGAAAAAAGGAAAAUAUGAUAUUUGUAAUUGCAAUCGAAUUUUAACAAGAUUUUUUAAUAUUAUUGUAAGGAUUUUGUUUUUUAACUUAUUUUAUGCUUAGAAUAAAUUGUACAACAGUAUAUUAUAAAAAAUAAAAUAUAUUGACAA